UCUCAAGUUUAUGAGUCAUGGCACCAAACGGAGAGACCCUUGUUACUUCCUAUUCAAGGACCAACAACUUAAGCAAGCCACCAAGGCUUUCCAUGGAAAGCCUCCAUAGGACUCUUUCAGAUAUCUCCUUUGAUCUAAGCAAAGAAGCGAUCGAUAUCAAGCUCCCGCCAAUCACCGAAGUAGAGGAUGCCAAGUGCGAGUGUUGCGGUAUGAGCGAAGAGUAUACACCGGAGUACGUUCAGCGUGUACGUGACAAGUUCUCAGGUAAGUGGAUAUGUGGUUUGUGCUCUGAAGCAGUGAAGGAAGAAGUGGAGAAGAAUGGAGGGAGAGGUGAAGAAGCUUUGAAUUCUCACAUGAAUGUGUGUGUGAGGUUCAAUAGAAUUGGUAAGAGAUAUCCAGCUUUGUUCCAAGCUGAUGCAAUGAGGGAGAUAUUGAAGAAGAGCACAGGAUUGGAAGGGAGAGGAGUUAGGGCUAAAUCAAUGAGUCCUAGGGAUAGGAGUGGUGGUGUAAAGAAGGGUGGGAUUGCGAGGAGCUCAAGUUGUAUUCCGGCCAUUACUAAGGAGAUGACUGACCAGAAACCGGUGACAUGAGUUUACUAAAAGGCAGGGUUGUGAUGUGGUGAGGGGCUUCUUGGGGUCUUGAAUCCGAAAAAAAGUCUUCCUUGAGAGUAACCUGAUCUUCAAAUUUUCACCUCUUAUUUCUCCUGUCAGUUUUGUUUGUUGACAAGUCAAACUUCUAUGAUUUGAGUCUUUUUUUAUCCUUUUA